AAAACCAAAAAUAAAAAUGCAAGCGUGGAUACAACAAGGACUUCACGGGAUGCAGAUGGGCGGCCGAGUCGGGAAUUAUGAUCAAACUUUUGUGGUAUAUGGGCCCGUAUUCCUUCCCAAUGCAACACAGUCAAAAAUAAGCGAAAUCAAUUAUGGUGGAAAGAUUCUUCUGCCGUCAUCUGCUCUCAACUUGCUCAUGCAAUAUAAUAUUCCGAUGCCAAUGCUUUUCAAGCUAACCAAUAUGGCUGUUCAACGUGUAACUCAUUGCGGUGUUCUUGAAUUUUCUGCUCCAGAAGGACAAGCCAUUCUGCCACUUUGGAUGAUGCAGCAAUUGGGACUUGACGAUGGAGAUACCAUUCGCAUUGAGUCUGCAACUCUUCCGAAAGCCACGUUUGCUAAAUUGAAGCCGAUGUCACUCGAGUUUCUGAAUAUUACUAAUCCAAAAGCUGUUCUUGAAGUGGAACUUCGAAAAUAUGCAUGCCUCACCAAAAACGAUCGGAUCCCAACAUCAUAUGCUGGACAAACUCUCGAAUUCCUCGUCGUUGAUUUGAAACCGGCCAACUCUGUGUGCAUCAUUGAAUGUGAUGUUAAUCUCGAUUUCGAUCCUCCAGAAGGCUACGUUGAACAACCGAGACAGGUGACUCCUGCUGUCACUGCCAAGCCGCCUGCGCCAGAUGCAUCCGCAUUUAUUGGAGCUGGACAAAAAGCUGGUGGUAGUGGAGGGACAGGACAAAAUGCAACUUCUGUAUUCGGAGGAGCUGGGCGUCGUCUCGAUGGAAAGAAGAAGCCAUCAUCUUCAGUAUCACUCUCAGAUGGAACCGGUGUUAGUACGAGUAAUGCAGCUCCAGUGGCGAAUGAUUUGCCAGCUAUUCCACCAGUGGUUGUCAAUGAAGACUACAAACCAGGUCGUGUUUCAUUCCUUCGUUAUGAUUAUAAACGUGUUGAUGUUCUCGAAAAAGAGCUCCGAGAGAAAGAAGCCAGCAAGGCAGGACAACCGUCAAAUGUCUUCCGUGGAGGCAAUCGAACACUGAGAGGAGCCCGUUAAUGUCUCGAAUCUGGCCAAUUGUGCUAUGAAUAACAUCUUUCACUUCACAUAACCUUGUAAAAGUUCAUCGCCACUUUUUUGUACAGGAUAAAUUUAUUUGAAUA